AUGUCUUCCCUUUCUUUGGAGGAUAAAACGACCAACAUUACAAGGAAAGAAAUUACAUCUAUUUAUACGAGCACAUGUAUCAGCGCAACUCUACCUGAAGCCAACGGAAUGCAGGAUCUGUUACAAAAAUGUUCUGAAAUUGCAACACCAUUCCGGUAUACAGAAACCGUUCGUCACAGUGCUGAACACCACAUUGAUACUACGGGCCCACCCACGCAUUCAUUUCCACGGCGAUUGAGGCCUGAUAAAUAUAAACUGGCGAAAGACGAGUUUCAGAACAUGCUGGACCUCGGUAUAAUUAGACCUUCUUCGAGUCCUUACUCAUCUCCUCUUCAUAUGGUUCCAAAACCGGGCUCAGGAGCUUGGAGACCUUGUGGCGACUUCCGGAAGCUGAAUGCUACUACAAUUCUGGAUAAAUACCCCAUCCCGCACUUGUACGAUUUCGCAGUGGGUCUGCAGGGCGCCACAGUCUUCACCAAACUUGAUCUGGUGAAAGCAUUCCACCAGAUACCAGUGGCCAAGGAAGACAUCCAUAAAACAGCAAUAACUACUCCUUUUGGCUUAUACGAAUUUGUGAGAAUGCCAUUUGCUUGCCUUGGAAAGAAGGCUCCUGUUGAAGAAUCGACACAGCUUUUACACCUGCCUCUGCCGUCGGAAAGGAAGUUCAUUAUAACCUCCUACGUCGCCUACCGCCUCUGGUCUUAA